AUGCGUUUGAAGCAAUAUCCAUUUCUCACAAAACAUGAAUUUGAAUUGGCAGCUAAAGCAUUUCUAAAACAAUCAACUAGAUCAAGUGAGGUUUGGAUGUGGAAAUUAAAAAAUUAUGGAUACUUGUCAUUGAAAACUUUGAUCAAAAAUGGAACAGCUUUAACAAUGUCUGAAAUUUAUAUAAAUCUUGUGGAAUCAUCAUUUAGAGUCAAUGAUCUUCAAAAUUCUGGACUUCGUGGAGGAUUAUCUCAACAAGAUCAUCCAAUACUUAUGAUUCCAUUCUAUUAUUUACAUCCAUGUAAAAGGAUGAUUAUGCCUAGUUUAGAAGGAUAUAUUAGAAGUUGGUUAAGCUUUGUUGGUCCAGUUGUUGGUAUCAAUGUUAGCAUGGAUAAUUUCUUACCAGAAGAACAAGAAAAUAAUUAG